CUUUUUACAAACUUUAAUACUGUAUGUUUCUGUCUCUUUAUUGUGACUUUCUCAGUUCCUUCUCUUCGAAGUGUCAAACCUCUCUCUUUUAAACCGCAUUUCUCGACCUUUCCUUCUUCUCUUCUGCUAUCCCCAAUCACGCCGUCCAAUUAAACCAACCGACAGAUGAAGAUCCAGUGUGAUGUCUGUGGCAAAGACGAGGCCUCGGUGUUCUGCACCGCCGACGAGGCUGCUCUCUGCGAUGCCUGCGACCACCGCGUCCACCACGCCAACAAGCUCGCCUCCAAGCAUCAACGCUUCGCUCUUCUCCACCCAUCUUCCAAACAAGUCCCUCUCUGCGAUAUUUGCAAGGAGAGAAGAGCUUUUCUGUUCUGUCAGCAGGACAGAGCGAUUCUGUGCAGAGAGUGUGAUUUUCCGAUUCACACGGCCAACGAGCACACCCAGAAGCAUAAUAGGUUUCUUCUUACUGGGGUUAAGCUCUCCUCUACUGCUACUCUCUAUACGUCCUCCUCCUCCUCUAACUCUGUUUCAACCAACGGCAAUGAUUCUGUUCCUGAUUACAAGUCUCAGCCUAGUAUCAAGAACUCAGUUCCUGCUUCUGAUCUUACAAAUUCACAGCAAACUUUGCUGGCCAAAAACCCAGUUUCGACCACAACAACACUAGUCACUGAUCACAAAGGAGAUGAUCAAAACUUGCCAGCGAACCAAACAAGUAGCAUAUCGGAGUACUUGAUAGAGACUCUUCCGGGAUGGCACGUUGAGGACUUUCUAGAUUCAAUUCCUACUCCCUUUGGUUUCUAUAAGAGUGAUGACAUUGUAUUGCCGUUUCUGGAUGCUGAUCUUGAGAGCAAUACGGAUACUUUCUCGCCUGAGAUUAAUUUCGGAGUUUGGGUCCCUCAACAACCUGCUCUUCAGUGUCCUCAGAAAAUAGCAGGGCAGAAUGCGUUCAAAGAGAGGAAGGAAGGUACAAGCAUAAAAUUCAACAGAAGGUGUAUGGAGGAUGGUUUCACUGUUCCAGAAAUUAACCUUCCUUCGACUGGCUCCAAGAGAUCUAGUUAUUUUUGGUAGAACAAAGAAACCUGCAGAUAUUAGGUGGAUGGAGAAUGGUUCAAGUACCGUUUCACAUAUUUUCCUGAUUUGGCUUGAAUGUUGUUUUCUUUACUUUCCGAGUUAAGUUUGUCGUUUCAUCUUUUUGCACCUUUUGUAUGUCCUAUAACCCAACCCAGGUUUAGCUUUCGUAGUUUUGUCCGCCUUUCUGCUUGUACUUGCGAAUGCUGCAUGUACCACCUGAUCAUGUCAUGUAAAUAUCAGUUUCAAUUUACGGAGCUUCUGCCUUGCUUAA